UUGAACUGGUUCGGUGAUGUCGACUCCGACGAGGACUGGAAUGUGGUGGUGCCGGAGGUGCCCAUGGAGCCGUUGGAAGUGUUCAAACAUAGAAAGGUAGACGUCUGGGUUGGAGGGAACGGGCGCCCACCAGGAAUGGCGGCUGCUCGGUGAGGGGUGAGGGGUCGGGCCGCCGAGGACUCGUCCGGGGUCGCCAGAUGAGCGGGGCCCGACAGCACCGGGUCUCCGGAGGACGGCCCGGCCCACAAUGACCCUCUCAUCUGGUCCAAUGAGGAGAGCAACAGUAGCACCCAUCUUAUUUUGAAGAGGACAAAAUGUAUCCGUGUAAGCCCUAACAAUUGACAGCCGCCAAGUAAAUGCUCGUGAGCGCCAGGCCCCGAUUUUGUGUGUCUUCUGAAACUUUGUGGAGUCUGAACUCAGGGCCUGGGCGCUGUCCCUCGGCUCUUCAGCUCAAGGCUAGUGCUCCACCACUUGAGCCAUAGCGCCACUUCCUCUACCUUUUCGGAUGUAGUAUAUACUCCAUAGACUUUCAGGGGACAUCAAGAGGCAAAAUGAAGUUUUGGAGGAACAUCAGAACUUUAGGACUGUACCAGCUUGCUCUGGAUAUCAUAACGAUGAUCCGAGUGUGUAAAAUGUUUCGUCAGGGCCUCAAAGGAUUCCGGGAAUAUCAAAUCAUUGAGGCUGCUCACAGAACGCACCCUAUCUUCUCCUUCUGGGAUAAAAAGAAGCAAGGCCGAAUCACAUUUGAUACCCUGGACUUCAUUGCAGAAGAGGGUCACUUCCCUCCAAGGGCCAUUCAGAUUACACAGAAAAAGCCUUCCUGGAGGACAGAGCAGGAGAUCCAGUCCCUCUGCAACCUCCUUCAGGUUAUGGAUAGUUACCGGAACUAUGAUGAGCCCCUACAGAUGCUUCUUGCCAAAGUCACACGCUUUGAACGGUUUGGUCGAAGGCGUGUGAUUGUCAAGAAAGGACAGAGGGGUAACAGCUUUUAUUUCAUCUACCUGGGCACAGUAGCAGUGACUGAUGAUGAGGAUGGCAGCAGUGCCUUCCUAGACCCCCACCCGACAUUGUUGCACAAAGGCUCCUGUUUUGGGGAAAUGGGCCUUCUGAGUACAGCAGUAAGGAGGGCCACAGUGGUCUGCAUGGAGGAAACGGAGUUCCUGGUUGUUGACCGUGAAGACUUCCUUGCUAAUCAGCUGGAUGAGGAAGUUCAAAAGGAAUCUCACUAUCGGUUUAGCUUUUUUAGGAAGUUAGAUCUAUUUAGUUCUUGGCCUGAUGAGAAACUCUGGAAGCUUGUCCCUAUGGGGAAAGUAGAGAAGUUUGCUUAUGGGCAGCUGAUCACAAAAGACUUUGCAGACUCAUCCUUCCUCAUUUUUAUAUGCAAGGGCAGCUGUGAAAUCUUGAGGCUGGUAGACCUUGCCUCCUCACUUUCCUAUUACAAGUGGAUCUGGCAGUGUCUGGAGCUGAUAGACGACAGACCUCUGAGGGCUCACCUCAAGGAACCAUAUCCUGAGAAGAGAUUUAAAGAAUUCCAGAUUAAAUCGUAUCCUCUACAGGACUUCACUGCUUUGAAACUCCUACAUCUCCAGAAAGCUUGUGAGCAAGAGGGGACAAGUUUAAAUGAGAGGUUCCAAGACCCAGAAAAUACUCUGCCAAAGAUAAUGGGCCCUAAGAUCAGAUCCAGGUUUCCUUAUCCAAUCAAAUGUUCUAUGGUCAAUACCAAGUUUGGUGAGCUCCCCAAGGAGGCUGUAGUGGGGGUCUAUAUGAAGGUCCAUACUGUGGAAGAAGGAGAAACUGUGGGUUUUCACCAGGCCUUCCUCCCAGGGGCCCAACGUGACUUGCGACCCAUGGGUCUUAUGAGCCUAGGAGCUGAGCUGAUACGGGUGAGAAGAGAAAAAUUUUGUGAAUUGUUGGAUAAUGAAACAAAAGGAAAAUUGUUAAGUACCGAGAUUGACUACCCCAGUGAUGAAGAGUUAUGCCAGAGGUUCCUCAAGGAGAACCACUGGAACGUCUUUCGGAAGGACCUGAUACGGCUGCUAAUGGAAUCUCAACAAAAGCCACCUUUCAUCCCAAGCUACCCCAGGAAGAAAGAGAUCUACAACCCAAAGUCUUUGAUCCUGGAUUUGUGUAACAUCAAAAAAAGGAGUAAGCCAUGUCGCCCAGUGUUUAUGGCAUCCCAGAAGUACCUUCCUCCACUGCGAAUUAUCCAGGCCAUCUCAGCACCUCGGCAUAAAAUCCAAGAACUCCUGCCUCAGUAUAAGAAUGCAGGGGUUCUUAUUUAGCACUAAUAAAAGAUUUUGUUGUAGUAGC